CAUGUCCUGCCCCUUUACAACUAUAGCAUUGUCUGUGACCAAAACACAACAACUGACAUCUCUUAUUAAAGAUGGAAGAGAAGUUGCAAAGUCACAAAAGCUUAGUUUGUUCUUUUUUAGAUUGUAAAGCUACCUUCAGUAAGUCAUGGAGGCUUGAGGCUCAUCUUUGCAAACACACAGGAUUGAAACCCUUCACAUGUUCGCAAUGUGACAAGAGCUUUAGCGCUCGCUAUCGACUCAGCAGACAUCAGCGCAAUCACAGUGGAGAAAAACCACACAAGUGUCUGGCUGAUGGAUGCUCCAAAGGCUUUGGGACAUACACUAGCAUGAAGAACCACAUGGCUCGGGUUCACCAGCACAAGGAUAGGCUAUAUCGAUGUAAGGGCUGUGGAAAUGAUUUCAGCAAGAGGAACCAACUGAAAGCCCAUCUGGGUGAACACCUGAUUCUGGCUUUCCCUUGUACUGUCAGUGGCUGCACAAGACAAUUUCUCUCCCUCCGAAAGCUGAAGCAUCAUGAGAAAGUGCAUGAAGGUUACCCUUGUGAGAAUGAAGCGUGUACUUUGCAGGGAAAGACGUGGACAGAAUAUCUGAAGCACAGAAAAGAACAUAAAGUCAAGGUCCUCAAGGAGGUGCAUUGUGGAGAGUGCAACAAGGUGUUUAACAAAGCCUAUUUCAAAGAACAGCACGCGAAGCGUGUCCACUGUCAACACAAGUGGAUGCUGGUGUGCCUCGGCUGUGGUAAAACGUUCACUCAUGGCUUUAACCUGGACAGUCAUGUGCUGGGAGAGCAUCAAGGCAAGAAGCCCUUCAGCUGCUCGCACGCUGGCUGUGGGAAGAGCUUCACCAUGAAGAUGUUAACUGGUCUCAUUUUUAUCAGGAAAGCCUGUGGCGACAUGGAGUGGUGCAUGACCCAGCAAAGAGAAAGCUGAAGAGACUGCUUCCGAAGAAGAACCAGCCCUGGCAUGUUUCACAGUGUCUCAAUAAGAGAUUUUUGCAUUACAACAUUUUCACUGUGAAGCUGCCCAAGACAAAGGCCUUUAAACGUCUAAAAGACAAACCAUAAACCAACAAACCCUGAGGCUUCGUUAUAUAAAUAUCUGGUUGCACGUGUUCACAUUAUGAUUUUCUGUUUAUAGUUUCUUUCAGGAAAUAUGAAAAUAAAGCCUCCUUAACACAGCAA